AUGUCUACUUCUCCGAUCCAACCAAACUCUCCUGCCGCGGCCGCGUCGCACUCCGCAAGUCCAGAAAUAUCAACAGCGCUUCAGUUGGAGCUCCCCCAGCAGCGAUCGACGAAGACGGAGAGCAAAUACAAGCACCGUCUCGAGCGAAGCCGCGAGGCUUCGGAAGAGGCUCUCCACAAGUAUUGCAAGCUUUCCCAGGGUAGCGCCCCAGAAGCAUCUCGCCACAACCAUGCCCUCAACCUCAUCGAGUCAGCUACAAAAGUACUAAAGGCCCAACAAAGCGAGGCCGCACUUCGCGUGGAGUCGCUCACGGCGGUGGCGGAGAAGGCAGUACAGCGCAAGCUCACGAACGAAGAGUUCAUGGACGUCCAGCAUGACAUAUAUGUCUGGACACGGGCUCGUACCUCCCAAGAGAUCUUCUUACGGUCCGCAGAAUCGCAAAGAAACUCAAUCGUGGAGCAGCUGGCUGAACUCCCGGCCGAGAAGACUCAAAAGGUUUUGGAGAUGCUCCUAUGCGUCCCCAUCAUGCAGAGGCGUCGUUCGAGGCCGAGCCAGGCCCACUGGAGGAAGGCUGCAGUCGAGUACUACGACGCUCAGCGCCAAGUUCCUUUUCCUGCCGUCCCCCCUUCCAAUCCAACUUCCAAACCCCAGACUAUUACGGUGUGCUGGGAUCCCAUCAUGCGCGCAUGGUAUCCGGCGAAUGAAGUCAAGGCAGCGCACAUUCUGCCCUAUAGCAUGACGAACGAAGUGCUACAGAUGAUUUUGGGCGAGGGCGAAGGUGCAGAAGUGCUCCUCGACAUCCGAAACUGUCUACUCCUCUGGGAACCAAUCGAAGCAGCGUUCGACAAAGGCAUCUUUGUCCUUGUUCCAGACCAGCCUGCUGCGGAAGGACAGACCACCGAGUACAAGCUCGUACUGCUCGACGAAAGCUACCGCACAGCCCCAGUCAAGUUUGGUGUUUCCACGACUUGGAGUAAACUUGAUGGCAUCGUCCUCGAGUUCCGGAACGAGUGCCGCCCUCGACAGAGAUACAUGUAUCUCAACUUCGCUUCCAGAAUCAUCGCAGCGCGAAAGCUUCAGUUCGACACCUACUCUCGUAGCCGCCUCGAGUCCACGGGAAGUGCCUGGGUUUCCCCAGGCAAAUGGAUCCGCAAGAGCAUGAUUCGAGAAGUGGCGCGGAUCGUGGGUGAUCACCAAGUGGCCGACACGUUUGAAGAAGCUUCAUUCGAGGACCAAACUGGUCCAGACGGCCCAACAAAGAGUAGGGUGACGAAGGCGGCGGAAGAAUGGAUCACGGGGACCUUUGAGAGGCGGCUGUUCGAGAGACCCCUCGAGAAGGGCGAGGAUGGGGGGUCUGAUGAGGAUGAGGAUGAGGACGCUGAGGAUUAG